UGUGCUGAUUCCCAGAUUUCAAGAGCAAUCUUGAAACCUCAACGAGAAUGGAACUUCGCAGCUAAGAGAUCAUGAGUUUCAAGACCAGAGAGCUUCGAUCACUCUUACUAGUCUUGGUUCUCUCUCUAGCCAUUGCCUUCACUGCUUCGGCAUCGUCACAGGGCAUAGAUUUCAGCUUCCAGACUUUCAACGAUAGUAUCAUUCAACGCCAAGGCAAUGCGACGUAUGAUUCGAGCAGCUUCAUCCAAAUUACGGAGGCCAAUCGAGACAAGAUCCUCUCUUCGAGCGUGGGCUGGGCCACGUACCACGAGCCGAUGCGCCUUUGGGAUAAGGCGACAGGGAACGUGGCGGAUUUCACCACCCAAUUCACCUUCGUCAUCAAUUCUCUACGAAGCACGAGUUUCGCUGAUGGAAUGACCUUCUUUCUUGUGCCCAAAGGAUCUCAACUCCCAGCCAACUCGUCAGGACAACAGCUUGCUCUGCAAGAUCCUUCCAACUCUUCUACUUCGUUUGUAGCCGUCGAGUUCGACACUUAUGUCAACAACUAUGCCAAUGUUGUGGACCCGUUUUGUUCACUAAAAGCACAUGUCGGUAUAGACUUGAAUAAUCUCACUUCCACGGUCAGUAAUUGCACUGAUUGGCUCUUCGAGAAAAUCACGACCGGUGGGCGUAUCAACGCUACGAUAGCAUACAAUUCAAGCACACAGAACUUGAGCGUUCUCGUGAUAGAUGCCGAUGCCAUGGGUACCAACAUAAGUUCCUCCGCCAUCUCUGAUAUAGUUAACAUGACAAAGUAUUUGCCGGAGUGGGUGACUUUCGGUUUCUCGGCUACCACUGGUUCAGUUUUCGAGCUGCACACUAUUGAGGCAUGGGAAUUCAGAUCUAUUGUGCAAGUGGCUGAAACAGAUAUUUCGGUUCCACCUCCAGCAAAUGGUGAUGCUAAAAAGAGUGAGUUAUGGCUAUGGUCUAUCUUAGGCUCAGGUUCUUUAAUUUUACUCAUUCUUGCUCUAGCCUUCAUUUGGUUUCGUCAACGUUCGAAGAGAAAGAGAACUUACACGAGUGGAGAAGAAGAUGAUGUAGCGAUCGAAGAAGAAUUCGGGCAAGUGUCGGGGCCCAAGAAAUUCUCCUACAAGGACUUGAUUGCAGCGACCGAUAAUUUCACAAUCGAACGGUUGCUUGGGGAAGGGGGCUUUGGGAGAGUGUACCAAGGUUUCUUGACCAGCAUGAAUGCUAAUGUCGCAAUCAAGAAGAUUAGCCCGGGGUCAAGACAAGGGAUAAAGGAGUAUGCCACCGAAGUGAAGACCAUAAGUCAGCUUCGGCACAGAAACUUAGUCCAACUCAUCGGGUGGUGUCAUGAGAAAAAGGAACUCCUCCUUAUAUAUGAGUUCAUGUCUAAUGGUAGCCUUGAUUCUCAUCUAUUUAAAGAACGAACCUUCUUACCAUGGGAAAAGCGGUACAUCAUCGCACAAGGCAUAGCCUCGGCAUUGCUUUACCUCCAUGAAGAAUGGGAACAAUGUGUCCUGCACCGGGAUAUAAAGUCCAGCAAUAUCAUGCUCGAUACCGAUUUCAAUGCCAAAUUAGGGGACUUCGGUUUGGCUAGGUUAGUUGACCAUGCCAAAGGAUUACAAACGACAGUGUUGGCGGGGACCAUGGGCUAUAUGGCUCCUGAAUGCAUUUACACGGGCAAGGCGAGUAAGGAAUCGGAUGUCUAUAGCUUUGGAGCCGUCCUAUUAGAAAUAGCUUGUGGAAGAAAAGUCAUUGAGCCCAGGGCCGAGGAAGGUCAAGUUCGGCUGGUGGACUGGGUUUGGAAGCUGUAUGGGACUGGGAGGCUAUUUGAUGCGGCAGAGGUGAAACUUGGUACUGAUUUCGAUCAAAAGCAACUAGAGUGCUUGAUGGUUGUAGGCUUGUGGUGCGCUCAUCCGGACCACAUUGCCCGUCCUUCUAUAAGAGAAGCAUUGAGUGUUCUCAACUUUAACACUCCGCUGCCUAUUCUCCCAUCGAAGUUGCCAGUCCCUACAUAUAUGGCGCCUCUAUCCGAAUUCUCUACAGUAUCGAUUGUUUCGUCCAAUGUCACCUCAACCAGCGGGACCGAAGAGUCCACAUUUCCUACCUCUUCUAUACGAUCCUCUUAUUCAGCUUCCUCUGCAUUGCUCCCAAAAGCCGGAUGAAUUCCUUCUUUUGGUAUAUUUUUUGAUAAUCAGUUUGACUUGUACAUUGUACUUCGAAAUUUGAUGUUGGAUAUUAUCUGUUUCAUAUAAGUUA